ACAGCUGAUCCCGCAUCUUUCCCUUUAACGCAGCGCAGUGAUGAGUCGCUGGGAAGCAGAGGUUUGCUGCUCAUCGGGAGACCCACUGGCUAUUUAUGUGUCACAUUUUCUUCUAGUUUAAUCUGAUGGGCUAAAAGAAGAAAAUGCUUUUAAAUUAAUCGGAUUUGCUGGUGAUCGCGGCUGGACUCUGGGGAGGAGGAGGAGGAGGGGUCUUUAAAUCUGGGCUGUAACCGAGAUGCUCUACCCCAUAUGGAGCUGAAAUGUAAAUUUCUCAUUUCCAAAGACCCACUCUUGAUCUUUUUUUUUUUCCUCCGGUGAAGGAUGUGUGUUGAAAAAUAGGAUUACGAAACUAUCAGGUCAGUUCCAGUGUUGCAUCAGCUCCGUGGCGUUUUUGCAAUAAAAGAUAAACUGAUGGAAAUAUUAUGACAUAUGCUGCGUGUAAGAGACGCGCUGGGUUGUGGUUAUUUGCGACGCAUGGCGCAGGUUUGCCGUAACGAUGUGAUCAGAUAGUGAUCCCUGCAGGUUUCUCGCUGCGCUGCCUCCUGACAGAGUCGCUCAUGAUGCCGAGGGCUGUGCGGAGACUGGUCCAUAUGGUGCUGUUCUGCCCCCUGUCCAAAGGUCUGCAGAGUCGUCUGCCAUCCAUUAAGGUGAAAUACCUUCUCCUGGCAUGGCUGGGCAUCCUCAUCGCCAGCUGGGUCAUCUACAUGCAGUAUGCCUCUUACUCUGAACUGUGCCGCGGGCACGUCUGCCAUAUGGUCAUUUGUGAUCACUACAGAAGGGGCAUAAUAUCAGGCUCGUCCUGCAAGGCGCUGUGUGAUCAGAGAGCUCUGACCUUGCAGCGCUGCAUGUCCACCUCCUCUACACAUCAGGUGUACAGUGGACUGUGGAAGGAGAGACCUGUUGUGAUCAAGUGUGGGAUUGACGAUCCAGUGAAGAUUGACGGGGCUCCAGACUCUGUGCUGCGACAGGAGAUGAGCUUAUUUGACAAACCCACUCGUGGAACCUCAAUGGAUGAAUUUAAAGAGAUGCUGCACAGCUUCCUUAAGGCUAACCUUGGGGAGCAGCCAUCUUUGAACACCUUGGUGGACAGGGUCAUUACACUGGCUGAUGUCAACCAGGAUGGCAAAGUAUCUCUAGCAGAGGCCAAGUCCAUCUGGGCUCUACUGCAGAUCAACGAGUUCCUUCUGAUGGUGGCGCUGCAGGAGAAGGAGCACACCCCGAAGCUGCUGGGUUUCUGUGGAGACUUGUAUGUGACCGAACACGUGGGCCACAGCUCCCUCUACAGGCUCGAGGUGCCUCAUUACCUGCAGGCUCUGGUCCCAGAGGUGUUGAGCUCCAGCCUGAACCACUGGCUCGCCCCCGCCUGGCCUCGCAGGGCUCGCAUCACCAUCGGCCUGCUGGAGUUUGUGGAGGAGGUCUUCCACGGGUCCUACGGGAGUUUCCUGAUAUGUGACGCCAGUCCUCGCCAUGUGGGCUACAACGCAAAGUAUGACUGCAAGAUGGCCAACUUGCGCAGUGUGGCGUCCGAGGCGGUCGUGCGGGGAUUCAUGAGGGGGCGGCGAUGUGAGACUAACGCAGACUGCACCUAUGGCCGGGACUGCACGGCCACCUGCGACCGACUAGUGAAGCAGUGUAACACUGAGGUCGUACAGCCCAAUCUUGCAAAGGUGUGCGUGCUGUUGCAGGAUUACCUGCUUUUCGGAGCACCUUCAGACCUCCGUGGGGAUCUGGAAAAGCAGCUACGCACCUGUGUGACACUCAGCGGCCUGGCAAGCCAGAUGGAGGUGCACCACUCGCUAGUGCUCAACAACCUGAAGACAUUACUGUGGAAGAAAAUAUCUAACACUCAGUAUUCUUGAGAACAUCUUGAGUGUCCAACCUCUACAUCUACAUCAUGAAUUAUUACAACGUGGUCGUUUUUGCUUAUGAAGCUUUGCCAAAUGUUUUAAAAGGAGGCGGUUAUUACUGCGUUUUCUCUCUGCAUUGACUGUGAAUAACAGAAAACUGUGAUACAAUAUGAAACAGCAGAUUAAGACUUUACUUUUUUCUUUUGUUUUCAUGUGUUUAGACAUAAUAUUCUCAGGGCACUGCCUGUAACUUUAUUUGUAAUUCAUAGAAUAGUCUUUUGUCUAUUCCCAUCGAAUGUCAAAUUUGACGCGGCGUGAUAUUUUGUACAACUUUAAAUAUGUGUGGAACUGUGUAUAAAUGAAUCUCCAUGUAAAACAGAGAUAGAUGGAACAAUACAGAAGCACUAAUAUGUCCCUCCUGGUAUUGAUCUGAUAUUGAUAAUGUAUUUAAAUCAAUCUGAACAGACUGGAGUUGUAAAUGAUGAUCAUGAUUAUACUUGAAUGAACUUCUAACCCAUGAAUAAAUGUCAUUUGGUUCAAAUUA